UUACGCCAGUCACACUCGGAGAAGCGCUAACGGGACAGCGGUUCAGGCCAAUCGCAGUCAGGCCUGCGGAGGCAGCGAGACUAGGGUGGAGACUUCGGAGACUGCAGUUGCAGGUUGUCUUCUCCAGAAAUGGUCUUCCCCCAGUCAGUUCACCUUGAUUCUGGACUGAUCAGCAGGCAGCAUCCUUGGUCAGGUGGGGCUUGCUGACAGGGUCUCUGUUUGGGCAAGGCUGCUGCCUGAGCUCUGAGGUCAGGCUGGGUGCCUCUGGCUGGUGGGUUCCUGCCUACACGAAGCUGUGGGAUGCACUCUGCAGGAAUUCUCUGGCUAAACUUCCUACUCAGUUCUAAGAACAAAAGGAAUUGGCUAUGGAUAAUUCAUAUCAUUUCAAUCAACGAAACUCACGUAACGGACUUCCACCUGAGAAGAAAAACAACUUCCUUGUAUCUGAAGAUCAUGGACAGAAAAUCUUAAGUGUACUGCAGAAUUUUAGAGAACAAAAUGUCUUUUAUGAUUUCGAAAUAAUCAUGAAAGAUGAAAUAAUCCCAUGUCAUCGCUGUGUCUUAGCAGCGUGCAGUGACUUUUUCAGGGCUAUGUUUGAAGUAAACAUGAGAGAGAGAGAUGGUGGGAGUGUCACCAUCACAAAUCUGUCCUCCAAAGCUGUGAAGGCGUUCCUUGACUACGCCUAUACUGGGAAAACACAGAUAACAGAUGAGAAUGUGGAAAUGUUCUUCCAGUUGUCCUCAUUUCUUCAAGUCUCCUUCCUGGCCAAAGCUUGCAGUGACUUUUUAAUAAAAAGCAUUAACCUUGUCAACUGUCUACAGUUACUAUCUAUAUCAGACAGCUAUGGCUCCCCUCGCUUGUUCGAUCACGCCCUCUACUUUGUACAGAACCACUUUUCCUUGCUAUUUAAAUCCAGUGAUUUCUUAGAGAUGAAUUUUGGAGUCCUGCAAAAAUGUCUGGAAUCAGAUGACUUAAAUGUCCCCGAGGAAGAAACCGUCCUGAAAGUUGUCCUUAGUUGGACCAAACAUAACCUAGAAUCAAGGCAAAAGCAUCUGCCUUAUUUGAUUAAAAAAGUCCGAUUACAUCAGUUAUCUGAGGAGACGCUUCGAGACUGUCUGCUCAACGAGGAGUGUUUACUCAAAAGCACGAACUGUUUUGACGUGGUCAUGGAUGCCAUGACGUGCGUGCAAGGUUCUGGCGGACUCUUCCCCGACGCUCGGCCAUCCACCACCGAGAAAUACAUCUUUGUGCACAAAACCGAGGAAAACGGAGGCGACCAAUACACAUUUUGCUACAACAUCAACAGUGACUCGUGGAAAGUACUGCCACAGUCACACCUGAUCGAUCUGCCGGGGUCUAGUCUGUCUAGUUACGGAGAGAAGAUAUUCCUGACUGGGGGCUGCAAGGGGCCGUGCUGCAGAACUGUGCGGCUUCACAUCGCAGAGUCCUACCACGACGCGACCGACCAAACCUGGUGCUACUGUCCGGUUAAAAACGAUUUCUUCCUGGUAUCAACUAUGAAGACCCCGAGAACCAUGCAUACGUCAGUUCUGGCUCUUGACAGGUUAUUUGUCAUAGGUGGAAAGACCAGAGGGUCUCAGGACAUUAAAAGUCUCUUAGACGUUGAGUCUUACAACCCUCUUUCCAAAGAAUGGAUGUCUGUUAGCCCCUUACCCAGGGGCAUAUACUACCCCGAAGCCAGCGCAUGCCAGAAUGUCAUCUAUGUCCUUGGGUCGGAGGUAGAGAUUACAGAUGCCUUUAACCCGUCCCUCGACUGCUUUUUUAAAUACAACGCGACCACUGACCAGUGGUCUGAACUAGUAGCAGAGUUCGGGCAGUUUUUUCAUGCAACGCUGAUCAAAGCUGUCCCAGUAAACUGCACACUGUACAUAUGUGACCUUUCCACCUACAAGGUGUAUAGUUUUUGUCCAGAUACUUGCGUCUGGAAGGGGGAAGGCUCUUUUGAGUGUGCGGGCUUCAACGCAGGCGCGGUUGGGAUUGAAGAUAAAAUUUACAUCUUGGGUGGCGAUUACGCCCCAGACGAAAUCACAGAUGAAGUCCAAGUCUACCACAGCAGCAGGUCGGAGUGGGAGGAAGUCGCUCCGAUGCCAAGAGCCUUAACGGAAUUCUACUGUCAGGUGAUUCAGUUCAAUAAAUACAGAGACCCAUGGUUUUCUAACCAUUUCUGAAAGGAGCAUGUGCUUAGACAUUCUAAAACUAUUCCAGUUCUAGAAACCUACCGUAAAUCUGCUAACCGUAAUAGUUGGCAACAAGGCCUUUACCUCUUAGUAAAAUAAAAUGUACCGUCUGUUAGAGAAUCACUAUGAAUGGAAGCAUAUAUGACUUAGCAGUUGCCAGAAACUUCAAAGACAAAAUACAUUCACCAAACAUUAUACUGAAUAUAACUGAAUCUUGGAGAAUCCAGAACACUUAGUAUUCUCAUCUGUAAAUAAAACUCGUAGGCGUUGCUGUCUUGAUCUUUAGAGUACUUUAUCCAUAAAAGACUAGUAAGAACAAAUCAGUGUUCACAGAUUUGUACUAUCUAGGUGGGGAAAAUCUCUUAAGGUAGUGAAAAUGGAUUAUUUGCACAUUAUAUUAGAUGAAGUGAAAUUUUAAUUAGAAAGAGGUAAGAAGCCUACCCCGUUACUACAGGAGUAAGAGUUGCUGAAUUCCUACCCUUUCUGAUCCUGGCUUAGCUUCUUUUCAGCCCUUCCUUUUUUCCUUUUCCUUUUUCUGUUUUUUUUUUGGGGGGGUUAGGUAAACUUUUCUAAAAUGCUGUGUAUUUCCCUAGGCUUCUAAGCUGUACACUCCACAUGGCUUGACUUUUUUUAUGAUUCAACUCUUCACUAAAAGCAUAAUGUACCAUGCUAUAAUGCCAUAAUGCCAAUGGCAGUUACUGAAAUGCUUUUAAAAUUGCUUAUUCUAUUAGUUCUCAGUGUUCGUUGGUUUCAGUUUCUAGCAGUAUCAUAUCUUUCUCAUUUUCUGGCUCAGGCUCAGUAAAUUAACAUUCUUGAUUUAAUUACUGGUUCUAAGUUACAACCAAUCUGAGUCUAUCAUAACUUCUGAGUGAAGUUCUUGUUUUCCAAGAUGGUGGUCCUCAAAUACUUUUUCUGUAUCCUUGCCAGGUUCCAACAUAAUUGAGGACGGAGGAAAUCUGGCCUCUAGAUCAGUGUGUCCUUGUGUUGAAUUUCGUAAUUUUUUAUAUGUUCAAAUUUGAGUUGCAGUAAGAAAUUUCAACAUU